AUGGAUAGAUUAUUAAAUUGUCCAAAUUGUUUGAAAGUUUUUAAUAAUCCAAGACAGUUAGAAUGUGAUCAUAUAUUAUGUACAAGAUGUAUUGAAGGAGUUUAUAAUCCAGGUAGAACACCAAUAAUAAAAUGUCCAGUUUGUGAUAAACAUUCAAUAGUUAUAACAUCAAUUGAUAAAUCAUUUCCAUUGAUUCACUGUAUUGAAGAGUUAUUAACUUAUAAAUAUAAAGAUUGUAACUAUGAUGAUAGCCUUUCAAUUCCAUUAAAUAAUAGUACUGGUAGUAGUAAUAAUAAUAAUAAUAAUAAUAAUAAUAAUAAUAAUAAUAAUAAUAAUUUUGUUAUUAAUAAUAGUAAUAAUAAAAAUAAUGGAGCAACAACAACAACUACAACAACAACUACUACUACAAAUUCAAAUUCAAAUUCAACAAAAUCAAAAGUAGUUGUUAAUGAUUCAUCACCAAAUUUAAUAAGUGCAUCACCAAAAGGGUUAGGUAGUUCACAAGGUUCAUUAACAACAAUUAAUAAUCAAAAGAAAUUAACAUUAUCUCCACAAAGAGCAAGUUCAACUACAACAACAAGUGUAAAUAAACCACCAUUGAAAUUAAAGGCAAUUUCAAGUCCACCAAUUACACCAAAUGUAUCAACACCAGAGAGAUGUUUUGUAAUUAAUGAUAAGAAUAAACAUGUUAUGAUAUCAUCAGAAACUACGAUUCACAAUGUUAGUGGACUAUCAUCAAUUAGUACACCAAUAGUUAGUGAUGCUGCAAUUGCAGAAUUAAGUAAAUGUAAUGACCAUGAUCAAAAGAAAUUUACAAUAUUCUGUACAGAUUGUGAUCAAUUACUAUGUGAUGAAUGUUUAAAUAACAAUCAGCAACAACAUGAAAAUCAUCAAUUAAAUAAAAUCAUUCAAGAAGCUGAAAAAAGAAUUGGAGAUAUUGAAUCAAUGAUAAUUACAACUUCAUUAUGUCCAAAUAGAUUAAUUAAUAAAAAGAAUAAAAUUGAAAAAAUAAUUCAAGAUAGUGCAUUGGUUUUAAAAGAUACUAAAUUGAAAAUUACUACUGAUAUCGAUACAAUGAUUGAAAAUUUAAAAGAGAGAAAGAAUGCAUUGAUCAGUCAAAUCGAUAAAGAAUAUGAAGAACAGAAAUUAGAAUUAAAAGAUCAAAUUGAAACUAUUAAUACAACAAUUGUUGAUAUUCAAAAUAAUACAUCAAUCACUCAAGGUAUUGUUUCAUUAUAUCUUAAUCAAGUUGAUUCUGAAAUGUUAUCAACUUCAUUAUUGAAAAAGUAUAGUGAUCUAAAAAGAAUGGAUCAAUUAUCUGAUAAACUUUCAAAUAAUUUAGAACAAAAUAUUGAAUGGAAAUGGGAACCUGAAUAUCAUUUCCCACAAUUAUUUACUCGUUCAAAUGGUGAAAAAACUACUGUUGUAUAUAGAACUAAAAGAGUAUCUGUUGGUGUAUCUUCUUCACCAACUGGUACUGGUAGUAAUGGUACACCACAGCAACAACAACAACAAUCAGCAAAUGGUAAUCCAACAAUUAUUACAACACCACCAUUACCACCAAUUUCAGCAAAUUCACCAAGUCCAACAUCAUCAUCAUCAUCAACAUUAAUUGGUAAUAUUAUUAAAAGAUCAUCACCACCUCAUCUACCACUAAGUAGUCAAAAUUAUGAUAAUUUUGGUUCAACACCACCUAGAUUAACUACAAAAUUAUCUUCACCAAAUUUAUCAAUUUCAAUGCCAACUUUUCCACAAUCAAAUUCUGUUCAACAGAAUGGUAGUACUUCAUCAAUAAUGAAACAACAAUCACAUGGUAGUAAAUUAAAUGAUAAUAUUAAUACCAACAAUAAUAAUUCACCAAGUCCAACAUCAUCAUCAACAACAUCUACAAAUGGAUCAAAUACAAAAAUUCAAUUAAAAAAUCCAGUAUUUGGUAAAUUAUUAACUAGAAAAGAUUCUGUAAUUACAGCAAGAAGAAAUUGGAUUUAUGGAUUUUCAGAUCAUCAAGUUGAAAUUUAUGAUAAUGUUACAAAAGUUUGGAGAGGUGGUUCAAAAAUACCAAAGAAAUCAAUAGAGUAUAGUAGUAUUUAUGAUAAUAAUUGUACAAUCUAUAGAUUUGGUGGUAAGGAGACACCAAAUGAUAUCUAUUGUUAUAAUGUUGAUAGAGAUAUUUGGGAACACAAUAAAGUUAAAAUACCAUCGAAAAGAAAUGCUCAUUGUUCAGUUUUCGAUGGAUUAAGAUACAUUUAUUUAAUUGGUGGUGCUGAUAGAGAUAGUAGUAAAUUAUUGGAAAGAUUUGAUAUUGAAACUCAACAAUGGACUAAACUAGCAUCCAUGAAAUUCGGUCGUAGUUAUUUCAAUGCUUUCUAUCACCCUACUAAAAGAUGUAUUUACGUAUUGGAUGGCUAUGUUAAUAAAGACAAGAAAUCCUCUGUUGAAAUGUACUCACUUGAAAAGAAUCAGUGGAGUGUGAUUUGUGAGAUAAAUCAACCAAGAUAUCUUAGUGGUGUCUCAUUUGAUGGUUCAAAAUAUAUAAAUAUAAUUGGUGGUGUUGAUAGAUCAAACUCUCGUGAUAUUAAAACUAUGGAAAGAUUUGAUACAUCAACUCAUAAAUGGGAAAUACUAAAUAAUGAACCAAAAUCAUUACUAUCUCAUACUUCAAGUUCAAUGAAUUUAAUGGUAGUUCAAUCACCACAAUUAAAGAAAAAUAAUUCAUUUUCUUCAAUUUCUUCUCAUUCAUCUUUAAAUUCUUCAUCUUCAAAUAAUGGUAUCAGUGGUAGUGGUGGUAGUGGUGGUGAUAAUGAAAUUCCAACUGAAAAAAUGCAAUUCUUUAAUACUUCAUUUUUUGAUGGUGAACAAUUCAUUUUUUUCUAUGGUAUAAAUAUUGAUGAACAUGGUCCACUCUUAUAUAAAUUUAGUAUAAAAACAAAGAAAUUUGAAAAGAUUCCAAUCGAUAAUACUUUGGAUUUAUUUAGUACUCUAAUUUUUGUUUCAAAAUAA